CCUGCGUACAGAGGCCUGAGCUGCUUAGCUGCCAAUAUGCAAGAGAGAUAAGCAUACGAGGUUCGGGCUCGCGGUUCGGACCUACGUGUGUGGGCACGAUGCUCCGAUAUUUUUGUAUCCUCGGAGUCGAAGGAUGCGAUCUACCAGGCUAACUUUCGUGAUCGAGUGUAGAUCGCCGUAAGUACGGAUCAGCCUGGCCAAUACACGGCCUGGGGUUGCCAACAUCACAUGGACGCACCGAUUCAGCACAGCCGCCAUAUGUCUUUUGCACUUCGGAAUCGCGGGCGGCCAGAAGACCCCGAUGAGCAGUCCGUUUAUAAGUCUCGGAGCCCAACGCGACUUUCUGCAAUCCAUCCUCUCCAUCCUUCCUUUUUUUUCUCUUCGUAACGAUGCGGGGCACAGCGUCUCUCGCCACUUUCCUAUCUCUUUCACUCCUCUCGAACGGAUAUCAAUGGCCCAGUGAUCCCGUCUUUGAGGCCCUUGAGGAGAUGUACACCCUGAGCGAUGGCCUGGGCUCGUCUGGUUUCGUUGGAGGCAUUGAACCGUGCAGCUUUUCGCCGGCGAAUAAUCGCACAAGCGGAAGGCAGGCUGCCGCCGAGUGGGUUCGAACGGCAUACCACGAUAUGGCCACGGCGGAUGUUGCAGCUGGCACCGGUGGGCUCGACGCGUCGAUCAGCUUCGAGACCGAUCGCGCGGAGAAUGUAGGCGACGCAUUCAACGCCAGUUUCGGUUUCUUCGUCGGCUUCCAGAAUGCCCGCGUCUCCAUGUCCGACCUCAUUGCCCUCGGUGCGGUCUACGCCGUUCGUGUUUGUUCCGGCCCCAUAAUUCCCUUCCGCGCUGGUCGCAUUGACGCUACGGAAGCUGGCCCCAAGGGAGUUCCCGAGCCGCAACAGGAUCUCGCAUCGCACACCGCGUCGUUCGCGAAACAGGGCUUCAACGUGAGCGAGAUGAUCGGUCUCGUGGCGUGCGGGCACACGCUUGGUGGCGUCCACGAAGAGGACUUCCCCACGAUCGUGUAUGGAGAGACGAACUCGGACAACAACACGAGCGGGAUGCAGCACUUCGACGACUCAUUCGACGAGUUUGACAACCGCGUCGCUGUGCAAUGGGUGAACAGCAGCUUAUCUACCAACGCGCUCGCGACUGGCUUUAACAGCACGACCAACUCCGACGGGCGAAUCUUCGCCGCCGACGGCAACGCUACCAUGCGUGACCUCGCCUCCAGCAACACCCUCUUCCAAAGCCGCUGUGCCGAGCUUCUUGCACGGAUGAUCGACACCGUCCCGAAGGGCGUCCAGCUGACAGACGUCAUCACUCCUAUAGCCAUCAAGCCUUGGAACGUCCAAUUGAGCAUCAACGACAACGGGCAGCUGCAUCUCGGGGGCUAUGUCCGCUUAUUCACUUCCAACAAAUCUGCGUCCACUUCCGACUACGAGGUCAACGUCACCUGGACCGAUCACAACGGCGCUGCUUGUGAGGGGUGCAGCACAACCACGAGCGCACAAGGGUUCCCGGGCACUAUCUUCUCGGGCACGGUCAUGAUGUUCAACUUUGACACCACCAUCGACCCCAAGGUCGGGUUCUCCGCCUUCAGCGUCGAGUACACGAGCACGCCGGGGGGGCCCGUGACCAAGGCCGACAACGGCGGUGCCGGCUUCCCUUUUAGCGACGUCGUCAUGCUGCAGUCGUCAGCAUCCUGCACUUCCGACGGCACGAUCAAAGCUGUCGCCGCGGUUCGCAACGACCAGCCCAUCACGGCAGUCUACAUCGACUAUACCUCCGCCGAGACGCAGCCCGGAACUGUCAUGCUUAAGAUGGUCCCGUCCUCCAUCAACAUGACGGCGAGCAGCAACUCUUCCGCGUCGAGCCUGUACACCCUGUACAACGCCGAGUUCAAGGUGGACAAUGCGGGGAGCUCCUCGUUCAACAUCUUCGCCGAGGUGGGAGGGAAGGUCUAUACUGAUGACUUCAAGCGGCCGAACGGGCUUAACAGCUGCUAGAUACUUCAUAUUUAUGCAAUUUAGGAGAUGAACUCAAACAUACUCUACAUACUUGACUUGACUCAAAUAAUUUUGUGUUUAUAGAGAGUUGCAUCAGAGUAAAACCGGGUUCCUAAACCAAGACUUGCCUAACUGGGCACUGCGGGCCGGGACAAUUGGCAAAACCUUGUCAUGCUCUUAUGGCUUAGGGCUAUCACUUUGAGCACACCGUGUGCUCGCCUCUUUGUAGUACUUUAUUUAACUUUACCAUGUCUCUAU